AUGUAUCGCCAAAUCAGCAAGGUAAAGCAAGGCUACAGGACACGUGAUGGAGCUGGUGUCUCUCUUGUUAGAGUCAUUGGAAAUGCUGACACAACAGAUUAUGAUCCAUUUUUAAUGCUUGAUGCAUUUGAUUCAACAAAUCCAAAGGAUUAUAUGGCUGGAUUCCCAUUCCAUCCUCAUCGUGGUAUUGAAACAAUCACAUAUCUUAUUGAAGGAGAGAUCGAACACCAAGAUUCACUUGGAAACAAAGGCGUCAUCAAGGGUGGUGAAGCUCAAUGGAUGACCGCAGGAAGUGGAAUUAUUCAUCAAGAAAUGCCUGCAGCAACACCACGUUUGCUUGGAGCUCAAAUCUGGCUUAACCUUUCGAAGGAAAACAAAAUGGUGGAUCCUUCUUAUGGAGAUAUCAAGAAAGAAGAUAUUCCAGUUGUUCAGAUUCCAAAUGGAGAAAUCAAGAUCAUUGCUGGAACAUACAACAAUAUCUCUGGUGCUUUCAAACCCAAGUAUAUUCCUGCAACAUACUUUGACAUCAGACCGGAUCCAAAUGCAGAGUUUGGAGUGUGGUAG